UCCUUAUCCCUAGACUGCGUUGCCGUGGCAACACUCAGCCAGCGUUGUGCGCUGGUGUGUUGUGCAAAAAUGGAAAGGAAGAUGGAGGAGAACAUGAGAGACGUCGACGCUGGCAGUGAAGCUGGAGGAGAGGAUGCCUUAGUGGGCAAUGUGAACAAGCUGAUGGUGACUCCACCAGGAUACACAGGAGUUCCACGGAAAGGCCACCUUGUCUUUGAUGCUUGCUUCGAGAGUGGUAACCUUGGACGUGUUGAUUACAUCAGUGAAUUUGAGUUUGAUCUGUUCAUCAGACCUGACACCUGUAACCCUCGCUUCAGAGUUUGGUUCAACUUCACAGUGGAAAACGUGCGGGAGACACAGAGGGUGAUUUUCAACAUUGUCAACUUUAGCAAGACCAAGAGCCUGUAUAGAGAUGGCAUGUCUCCAGUGGUGAAGUCCACCAGCCGGCCUAAAUGGCAAAGACUCCCGACUAAGAAUGUGUACUACUACCGUUGCCCUGACCAUCGGAGAAACUACGUGAUGUCUUUUGCCUUCUGCUUUGAUCGAGAGGAUGAUGUGUACCAAUUUGCUUACUGCUACCCCUACACCUACACCAGACUGCAGCACUACCUGGACAGCUUGGAGCGCAGGAACCUGGACUACCUGCAGAGGGAGCAGCUGGGGCUCAGUGUGCAACAGCGACGUCUUGACCUCCUAACCAUCACCAGCCCUGCUCAACAGAAUCCAGAGAAGGUGAAGAAGCUAGUUGUCCUUACAGCCCGUGUACACCCUGGGGAGUCGCCUGCAUCCUUCAUCUGCCAAGGAGUGAUUGACUUCCUAGUCAGCCAGCACCCUGUGGCCCAAACCUUGCGUGACCAUGUCAUCUUUAAGAUUGUACCCAUGCUCAACCCUGACGGCGUCUACUUAGGCAACUACAGGUGUUCUCUGAUGGGCUUUGACCUUAACCGUCACUGGCAGGAGCCAUCCCCCUGGGCCCACCCCACCCUCCACGCCGUCAAGCAGCUCAUCGUCCAGCUCAGUCAAGACCCAGUAGGGCUGGAGUUCUACAUUGAUGUUCAUGCCCACUCCACCAUGAUGAAUGGCUUCAUGUACGGGAACGUGUUUGAGGAGGAGGAGAGAGUCCAGAGACAAGCCGUGUUCCCUCGCCUGCUCUGCCAAAACGCCCCAGACUUCUCCUUUUCCAACACGUCAUUUAACCGUGACGUGGUGAAGGCUGGCACUGGGAGGCGCUUCCUGGGUGGCCUGCUGGACGACACGUCCUACUGCUACACCCUGGAGGUGUCCUUCUACAGCUACAUGGCAGCGGGGAGCACGUCGCCCGUUCCCUACACCGAGGACACCUACAUGAAGCUGGGAAGAAAUGUUGCCCGCACCUUCCUCGACUACUACAGGCACAACAACUUCAUCGAUGACAACAAACUACAAAUCCCAAAUCACAUCAACAGUAUGGAGGUAUUGUCCCAGGGUCGACAGGGGAAUGGAAAUGGGAAUGGGAGGACUUCUGGGAGUGAGAGAGGAGCAGAGAGGAAGAACCAGAGUAUCACAGGAGAGUACUAGACACCUGGCAAUAACAUACUGGAGAGACCAGUCCAGUCUGACCACUGUAUAAGGCUCCUGACUCACAGCCCUACACUAUAUCCACACAGCCCUACACUAUAUCCACACAGCGCUACACUAUAUCCACACAGCCCUACACUAUAUCCACACAGCCCUACACUAUAUCCACACAGCCCUACACUAUAUCCUCACAGCCCUCAUGAAAAUUAGAUGCAUCAGCCCAAGACAAAGGAUGCAAUUUCACAAACGGAUCACUUUUGGAUAACAUGUUAAUUGGAGGAUAUUUACCCAUGGAACUUCAUUAGAGCAAGUUGCUCUGACUGUAUGAAAUGUAUGGGACGAAUCAAGCUGACACAUACAUCUCAUGUUCCAUUUGAGGCCUUCAUACGUCAUUCAUAUAUUUUACCACAAUGUGCUUUUUCCAUUUUAGGUAUUGCUUUUUAUUCAAAUGUAUUCACGCAUGUCAUUGAAAAUAAGUGCAUGUGUUUUCUCUUGUAAGUAACUUAUUUUGUGUUUAUCUUGCCGCUCUGUAUCCUACAUUAUUUGGAGGGGUGUAAUGGGAGGGGUAACCCAUUUUUGUUUAGUCAUGACCUUAUCGGUAUCUAAGUAUUCUGUUGAUAAAACUAUGAAAUAUAACACACAUUUGUAAGUUUGUGAAAUUGAUGGUUAGUCAUUGUCAGUGCAUUAGUUUACACAGGUGUUUCCGAUUUAAAGGAAACAGACUUAGGGUCAAUUUGAUUUCAACUGAAGUCAUUUCAUGGAUUAUAAUAUAGAAGAAAAUUCAUGAAUUUGAAAUCCCUCUAGAAAAUGAUGGGUAUCUAUCAAGUAUGAACUUGCCCUGAAUUGACUGAUAUCCAUUAAUUUCCAUAUCUUACUGCAAUGUAAACAUCUAUUCAACCUAUCUGUUCAGAGCACAGAGUGCUUUUCACUGCAUUAUGUAAAA